AAUAUAGAGUUGCUUAAAAUAAAAAUAUUUUGACCUAAUUCCUAAUUUCCAUUUUAAAUACUUGUCCUUCAUACAAAUUCAAAUCAUUAAUUAUUGUUUAACAUAAAACUUAGUAUCCUGAAAAGUAAAUAGUCUCGAAUAGUGCUUCCUCACAUUAAUAAAUAUGGUAGAUUGUGAAAGAGCUGAAGCAUUAAAUUUACAACAUGAAUUUGAAUGGGUUUUAAAUCAGGAAAUACACAAAGGAUUGGAUCAAGUACAUCAGAUAUUAGUUGAAUGUGCUAGGCGUUUUCCUGUGCAAUUAUAUGGUCAUGAUAAUUCAAGUAAGCAAGAGAAAUUUGUUUUAUCCGUUCCCUCUGAUCAGUUAAAAUGUCUGGUCACACUCACUGGAGACAGUAUUACACACGCUGACAUUAACUUCAAAGUUACUAAACAAACUAAUAAUCCAGUGAUGGUUCACACAGCAAUACAUAAUGAUCACCCCUGGAAAUUACAACAAGUUCAAGAUGCUGCAAAUCAUUUACAACAAGCUAUAUAUCAUAUUGAUGAUGUUGGGAAGAAUUAUAAAUUCAAAUCAUCUGAUGAAGUUUUACAUAUUCUAGGAAAUAUAUUGGGUAGCUUACAAAGAGGCCGUACUAGUUUAAUUGUUCCAAAAAAAAAAGCUAUUGAUGAACUAAUGAAUAGCAGGAAUAUGAAAGCUUUGUCUCCAAAUAUUCCAGAGGAUACUGCAAUAUCUUUUUAUAUUCAAAGUCAUAAAUUAAUAUUUGCUACUUAUCAACUAACUAAUAUACAUGGAAAUAUAAGUUAUGAUUCAAGUCAUGCUGAAUACCCUGUACCUUGGUUGAAUGAAGUUCUUGUAUUGUUUACAGUUGGAUUGCAACUCUGUCAACAGUUGAAGGAUAAGAUCUGUGUUUUUUCCCAAUAUAAAGAUUUUACUGUUGGUUCAAGGCCACCAAGUCCAGGUCCAGGAAUUUAAAUAGUCAAUAGUGAGCACAGUGAUGUCAAUUUAAGAAUCUUAUAAGUAUUCACACUACUUAAUAUUCAAUGUUCUCAAAGUCUUAUCGAGGAGUUGGCUUCAAUAAGUGAUAGGAUAUAAAGUAUUAUAUUUAUUUUCAUACUUGAAUGUAUGUAAUUAUGACAUUUAUUGUAUCUAUUUAUUAGAGAUUAGAAAGUUUUCUCGUAUGUUAUAAAUAUUUUGUGUUGUUGAAGUUGAAUUUUUUCAAUUAGAAUUAAUAAUCAAAACAUAAAAUAUUUUAGAA